UUUUUUUUUACUUUAUUUAUUCACAAAAAUACAACCAAUAAUCAAAUGACUUCUCUCAACGUCUAUCUCGCCAAAAAAUAUGGCGCAAAAUCUACAACUUCACAGAUCGAAACUACAAAGAAAAAAAAGAAAAAAAUAAAAUCUACGCCUACAGCUGAUAAGCUGGGAAGUGUGGCGAUAAUUGAUGAAGAGGAUAUUACUGGACAGUGGAAAAAUGUUCGUUCGGAAGACGAAGAAGACGAGAAUGCUCCUAUAGUCGAAGUUUCUACAGAAUCGCAACAAUCCAGCAAGUGGAAGCCUAUUGUAGAAGAUAUAGGAGACGAAGCUCCACAAAUUGUAAAUGCCUCUAAUGAUUUAUUUGAGUAUAUGAGUCAUGAAGGAAAUAACAAAGAUAAUUCUGAAGUUUCCGAGGAACCUAUACCAAAACGUCAUAAAACAUCUUCCUCACCAUCUGUCAAAACGUCUUCAGGUUUAGACGUGGGUUUACACUCUUCUGACAAGGUGCGUAAAGAUAUAGAACGAGCUAAGAGAGAUGAAAAGGAUUUAGUGAAUAAGAUGGAUCCUUCAUCAUCUGGUCGUGGUGCAGCUACUAUAUAUCGCGAUAAUAAAGGUACUAAAAUUAAUAAAGCAGCAAAAAGAGCAGAAGAACGACGUAAGAUUGAAGAAGAAGAAAAGUUAUUAAAAUGGGGUAAAGAAGAGGAAAUUCGUCGAGAGGAAGAAUUACUAAAUAAGCCUUUAGCGAUUUACAAAGACGAUAAAGAUUUAAAUGAAGAAUUGAAGGCUAAGGAAAGGUGGAAUGAUCCAGCCGAAAUGUUUUUAACUAAGAAAAAAAAUAAAAAGAGAAUUAAUGAGAGACCAAGAUAUCAAGGUCCACCGGCACCACCUAAUAGAUUUAAUAUACAACCGGGAUUUAGAUGGGAUGGUAUUGAUCGUUCAAAUGGAUUUGAAAGACAAUAUUUUGAAAAACAAAACGCUAGAGCUACACUCGCUAAUGAAGCGUAUAAGUGGUCUGUGGAAGACAUGUGAUGUUAAUCCAUAACAAUAAUAAAAUUAUAAGUAUACUAGAAUGGGCAUUACUUUUAAUACUGUGUAUGUAUAUUGUUAUCAUGUGAAACAUAAUAACAUUUAAACAGAAGAUAAAGCUUCUCAACAAUUUGGCUCGAAAAGUAAUAAAUUUAUAAGUUUAUUGCUUCGGAUGUGAAUGUAUCUUAGAUGCUAAAUAUUUUUAAACAAGUGUUCUUUAGGGCAUAAACUAAUUACCCACUAAAUUGAUAGUGAUUCCACAUGUUUAUGUAAAGAAGACAGCCAUCUUCGGAAAAUACACAGCUUGAACAAAUUCGUUUGCUUGAUUACAUUUUAUCAUAUUACAAACAUUCUAAGAAUAUUAAGUAAUUUUCUAACCUAUAGACUAUAGUAUAGAGAAUUAAUUUUAAACAUAAUGUUAAGGAAAGUCAAAAUUACAU